GAACGAUUAGUUAUGCUCCAUUAGCUAUAGUUUUAGUUAAAUUUAGUUAGAUUUGACAGUAGUCCUAACCGGUUGUUUGGUAGAAAGAGAUGUUUAGAAUAAUUGUGUUUUUGAGCGUGUUUUGCUAUGUAUCGAAUUAUGAUAUCAACAAGAUACCGAAAGGACUCCUCACUCCGACCUGCGUGGCGAACUAUUACCAGGUGUUCAUCACGCGGACGGUACCUUUGCGCUCCUACCAUUACUUUCAUGAGGUGCUGCAAGGACAUGACCUUCUCUCUUAUAUGAGAAUUCAUUAUCGCUGGAGAAUCGUGGGUGGUCAAAGGAUCUCCAUUGAAGAGGCGCCGUUCCAGGUCAUGUACGGCAAGUACUGUGGUGGGGCUAUCCUCACUCCCUACUGGGUCCUCACUGCAGCUCAUUGUACAGAAAAACACCAGUACGUCUAUGCUGGUUCAACCCGUCGCAGCGAAACAAAACCCUACACCAUUUGCGCCCACUUUGUGCAUCCUCUGUGGAACACCACACACAAGCUUCACUCCCAUGACUAUGAUUACCAGCUCCUGCUGCUGGAAACCCCUAUCCCAAUCAGCAAUGAUGCCAGACCCAUAGCUAUUGGAACUGAGAGCGAUAUCAGGCCAGGAAUUAUGGUGUCAGUGAGUGGUUGGGGACAUUUGCACUAUAAAAAAAGUCAUAUGCAAGAAUAUUUGCACCGCGUGUAUGUGCCGAUAAUGUCUCAGAACGAAUGCAAGGAAAUGCCGAAUGGUAAGUUUAGGGACAUCACUCCGAGGAUGUUCUGCGCUGGAUACAUCAACGGCACCAAGGAUUCUUGUCAGGGUGAUUCCGGUGGGCCAGCGGUGUACAACGGUAAGCUGGUAGGACUGGUGUCUUUCGGCGUGGGUUGCGCGGAACCCUUGAACCCUGGCGUGUACUCCAACGUGCCUUUGGCUAGAGACUGGAUCAGAUCCGUUACGGGCCUACCUUUGUGAAAUAAUCCAGAAAUUGUAUUGUUAUUGUAAGAGGUUGCAGAAAUGGUACACACAUUUCCACUUCUGCAUAGCAAGCUUUCAACAUCAUGUCAACCCAUGUCAGGCAUAUAGGUUCUCUUAUGAUGUUUGCCCAAGUGGUUUCAAUUGCUUAACAGGGCUCUCUCCGUCACCUACACCAUACAAUCGUAGCCCCAAUUUCAUUUGAAUA